AUGUGGGUCUUGGUUUCUUUGAGCGGGCUCCGCCAACCCGCGCACACACGUGACCAGGCGUCUUCGACACUGCAAACGGCAUCCACUUCCUCCUAUGUUAUCGGCUAUUGGAUCCACCCGUCAGAUAAGCCUAACAGGUCGUUGCGCGCCUGUCGCAUGCGCAUCAUCGUCACCAUCGUCAUCAUCGUCGCCGUCGUGCCCCCAGCAAAGCGCAAAGCAGCAACAGCCUCCUCCUCAUCCAAAGCCGCCGGACCGCGCCAAUCGAAACUAGCCAAAGAGAACAACAUCACCGCCCAAGAAGAAGCCGAGAUCAAAGAAGCAUUCAGUUUGUUUGCCGAACCAAUGGAUGGCGAGAAGGAAGGGGUUAUUCCUAUAGGGGAUGUUAGGCGGGCUAUGAUCGCCCUAGGCAUCUCGCCCAAAACAAACCACGAACUCCGCGAAUUCACUUCAAUUCUCGACCCCGAAGACGAAGGUUUCGCCACCUACCCGUCCUUCCUCGCCAUCUGCGCCAUCAAGCUUUCGUCACGCGACCGCACCAGCGAAGCGCACAUGCGCGAGGUGGACGAGGCGUUUGCUUUGUUUGUUGGGCGCUCGGUUGAAGAAAUCGAACAAAUCUACAAUGAUGAUCACGACAACGAGGAAGAGGAGGAGUACCCAGAAGAACAACAAGAAAAACCGGUGAUAACACUCGCCCAUCUUAAAAGGGUCGCGGCCGUGUUGAAGGAGGAAAAUGUCACUGACGAGUUGUUGAGGGAUAUGAUACUGGAGGCGAAUGGGGGAGCCGGGGUCGGGAGGGGUGUGAGGAGGGAGGAGUUUGAUGGGGUUAUGAGGAGGGCGGGGGUUUGGAGGUGA